AUGCGGGCCGGCGUGAUCUUCGUCUCGGACCUCGCGGACAUGAACCUCCUCGACCGCGUACACACCAUCAAGAUCAACCUGUACGGCUCGCUCGCCCUGACGGGAGCGGGGCACAUGACACCUCAAGCACUCCUCGGCGGCCUCGAGGGCGACGACUGCGAGACGGUCGAUCCUCCCUCGGUGCCCGUCCGAUUCGAGCAGAUCAAGGAGGCCAAGAAACUGCAUCUCGGCAAGAACCUCUUCAAGACAUUGGGCGCUGAUGUUGACGGCAAACCGGUCACCGAGGGCAAAGUGAUCAACUUCGACUACGACGCUGAUCUGAAAUGGAUGUUCGGCCAGGUGCUGCCUCACCACUCGAACGGGAUCCGCAUGAGCGUGUUUGAUGUCGAGGGCGAGAUGCUGGCGACCAACGACUACUACUCGGUCGGCGGCGGGUUUGUCGUCAAUGGUGCGCUCGCCACACCAUCCUCUCCAACAUCCAACCCGGAACCACCCAGCCCAGACGCUUCGCAACCACCCAGCGACCCCUCCGCCGUCUCCGCGCACCCGAUCGACUGGGGUGAAAACGUGUUCUACAAACACAUUCGUCGCAGCGACGCCGAAGGCGGACGCCGAGCCGGCUCUUCCCCCCUAGUCGAAAACCUCCUGCCUCAAGUCGAAGCCGCCUCAUCUACCACCUCCCUUUCUGCCCCUUCCCCGCCGCACACACCAGAGAAACUCACCGCACCCCCACCAACGUCCGGGGGCCAGGCGUUUCCGUUCCACAACGCAGCGAGCCUGCUGCGCCAGUGCAAGACGCGCAAUCUGACGAUUGCGCAGGUGGUGUACGAGAACGAACUCACCUGGAACCGGCCCGAGGUGGUGCAUGACAAGCUGGUCAAGAUCUGGACGACGAUGGACGAGUGUAUUCGGGCCGGAGUGGAGAGUGGGGAGAAGACGUUGCCGGGGCCGCUGGCGGUGAGGAGGCGUGCGCCGGCGUUGUACGCGAGGCUGUUGAAGGGGGUGUAUCGCGGUGCAGCUCUACCUGGUGCUACUGCUACCGGUGGGGGGCAGAGCCGGAGUGAAGGACCAGGGAUCGACUCGCCUCCUCCGCAGAGCGCUACUGCUGGCAGUGGCUCGCUGGACCUCAUCUCGCCGAUCACCGCCAGCGCACGCCCGCGCAUCAUUGGCUCGUUCAACCACCCCAUCACCCCCUGCCCCCCUCGUCGGACCAACUUCCCGGCAAUCGACUACCUCACCUGCUACGCCAUUGCCACCAACGAGCAAAACGCCGCGGGCGGGCGCAUCGUCACGGCCCCGACCAACGGCGCCGCCGGCGUCCUCCCCGCCGUACUCAAGUACUGCUUCGAGUUCAUCUUCGACGACGACCCCGUGCGCGACCUGACCAACUUCCUGCUCACCGCGGCGGCGAUCGGGAUGCUCUUCAAGCGCGGCGCCACGCUCAGUGCCGCCGAGGGCGGGUGCAUGGCCGAAGUCGGCGUUGCGACCGCCAUGGCUGCCGCCGGCUUCGUCGCAGUCCUCGGCGGCGGGCCGGACAAGAUACUCCAGGCUAGCGUCAUCGGCAUCGAGCACAAUCUCGGCCUGACGUGCGAUCCGCUCAACGGACAGGUGCAGAUCCCGUGCAUCGAGCGCAACGCGCUGGGCGCCGUCAAGGCCGUCACCGCCGCCCAACUCGCUCUUGCAGGAGACGGCAAGCAUUCCGUCUCGCUAGACGACGCCAUCACUGCUAUGCGCGAAACCGCUCGUGACAUGCAUACGAGUUACAAGGAGACCUCGUUGGGCGGUCUAGCCACCGCCGUCAAGGUUCCCGUUGCCAUUCCAGAUUGUUGA